GAAUUCACAAUGAUGACGACAAUUAACCCGCCCCCCCACUUGUCACAUGACAACUUAAUUUUCCCAGGAUACACAGCUCACACGAGAUGCGUUCAAGAAAAUCUGAAUUGUCUGUCCUGCCAGUCCAAAGCAAUAAUAGACAAACUUCCCAAUGGCCUUCUUGUUAUUAUUGUUAUUUAUUUCUCUGCUGCUCAGCAAGGCCCACAUUUAAAAUAAAUGCAAAGUUCGUACAGAAAAACUGUUUGGGUUGUUCUUGGAUAGUUUUUGUGCAGCUGCUCCUCUGACCGAUGGAGGUGGAUCACUCCUCCCUGCGGAAUACUAACGAGGGCCUUUUGUCACACAUCUCCCGUUUUCGCUUACACACACAUACACACACAGCAUAGAAAAUCAGUUUGCCUACAGUCACACACAAAUUCACGUGUAAUUGCCGGCCUACUCACACAUAGUACCACACACACACACACACACACACACAUAGAGAGUGAUGGGUACAGAGUCGUUUUUGUCAAUGGUGUCUUUUGUUUCUUUCAUCUGGGAGCCAAACAAAGCAUUCCUGUGUGGAUGGAGGAGAGAGAGAAGGAGGGAGAGGAAAAGAGGAGAAGUAGAAAGCCAGAGGGAGGGAGGUGAGGAAAACACUCAGCGCUCCUUUUGUCUGGCCAAAAGAAAAAGUUUAGAUUCAGUCGGCAGACCGGGCUCGCUGAGGCAGGGCAGUGCAGCAGGUUGUGGCGUUGCCAUGGAGAUGGAAUACAUCCUGCUGGAGAGCUCCUCCCCCCAGAAAGUGUGCCACUCCCAGACCCAGACGGACGUCCUGAAGCCCCUGCUGGGUGGCGGCCUCUCUGGAGUAGGUGGGACUUUGAGGAAGAGGAGGCGGGUCCUGUCCAAAGAUGGGCGGAGCAAUGUGCGCAUCGAGCAUGUCAGUGGGCGGAGCUCUCUGUACAUGCGCGACCUGUGGACCACGUUCCUGGAUAUGCAGUGGCGUUACAAGUUCUUCCUGUUCACGGCCACUUUUGCCGGGACCUGGUUCUUGUUUGGGGUGCUGUGGUACCUGCUGGCGCUGGCGCAUGGCGAUCUGCUGGAGUUUGAUCCUCCGUCCAACCACACGCCUUGUGUGAUGCAGAUGCAGACCCUGACGGGGGCCUUCUUGUUCUCACUGGAGUCCCAGACCACCAUUGGGUACGGUUUCCGCUGCAUCACAGAGGAAUGCCCUGUCGCUAUCGUGCUCCUCAUCAUCCAGCUGGUCCUCACCACGCUGAUGGAGAUCUUCAUCACCGGAACCUUCCUGGCUAAGGUCGCUCGGCCGAAGAAGCGAGGUGAGACCGUCAAGUUCAGCCAGCACGCUGUGGUGUCCACCCAGGAGGGCCGACCCUGCCUGAUGAUCAGGGUGGCCAACAUGCGCAAGAGCCUCCUGCUUGGCUGCCAAGUCACGGGUAAGCUGCUCCAGACGUCUCUGACCAAGGAAGGAGAGACAGUUCGUUUGGACCAGAGAAACGUUACCUUCCAAGUGGACACGUCCAGCGACAGCCCCUUCCUCAUCCUGCCACUCACCUUCUACCACAUCAUUGACGACAGCAGCCCUCUGAGAGCUUGGGCUGCCAAGGGUGGCGGCUGGACGGAUCCAGAGUUGGCCGACUUUGAGUUGCUGGUGAUCUUGAGCGCCACCGUGGAGCCGACCUCGGCCACCUGCCAGGUUCGCACCUCCUACCUGCCCGACGAGAUCCUGUGGGGCUACGAGUUCCCUCCCGUAGUAUCCCUCUCCCAGUCGGGUAAAUACGUGGCCGACUUUGCCUUUUUCGACAAAGUGGCCAAGAGCAAGAGUGCACCAGUCUUUAAACCAUCCGGCCACACCUACCAGAGCAACGGUGGCGGGACUGUUCCUGAGGUGUCUGACACCGAAAAGAUACGCUUGGAGCAGAGCUACAGAGACCGUGGGGAGGACCGUGGGCGUGGCAGGGACACUAACCUCAGCGUGCGUAUUAGCAACGUGUGAAGAUGUAAUUUGGGACCCGGAUUCUGUCCACAUGUUUGCACUGAGAUUCAUAUAAGCCUGAGAAGAACCUCAAGAACAACCAGUAGUACUUCAAAAUAAGCUGGUGGGAGGGUGACACCAAGUACACACGUGAUGACCUCGGCCGUGCCCACACACACCAGGAUAUUUGUUUAAAAAGUAACGGAGGUUUACAGUUUUUUGUUCACACACAAAACUGACUUUUUAUAAAAGCCACAGGGAAGCCUUUCUAGAUUUUCCAGAAAUUACUUUUUCAAGCAAGUGCCUCCAUUGUGGCCUUUAGGUUUAGGAGCUGUAGCACCCCCUGUUGCUUUGGCAUGCACAUGACAGCUUCCCUUACUUCUUUUGUUAGUGUGGACACUACACACUUAAAAAAAAAUGUGUAAACCUCGCCCCUAAUGGUGUCUUCCACAUGAAUGCAGUGUAUAAAAAAACAACAUAACACAACAUAACACAGCCUAACCUAAUUAAUUGUUUUCAUUUGAGUGACAUACCGCACAAUAAUGUGUGGGCUGGUGAAGCAAAUGAAAGCGCACUCCUGAAAAUUAUGGAAAUUGCAUGCAAACAUCCAUCUGUGAAGAGCUAAUUUACUGGAAACGGUCAUGUGUCAUACAAAACCAACAACAUUUGACUAAUGUCACCACCUGACUCACAAAAACCACCGCCCACUUCCCUUGUGGCUUUGUCAUUUCCUGUAGCGAGUUGGUGUCUCUGUCCGUACACAAAAUAUAUGUACAUCAUGCUAAGUUGAUUACAGUUCCUGUACUUUUUAAACGUUGGUUACCUUAUUUAGGUAUAUGAGACACUUAAAAUAUUAAAACCAGGGAUCCAAAGUGGUAGGUGAGUGUAGGCAACCAUCAUGGUGCCUUCCUUGGCAGCAUCUGUGUUUGUCUUCUUCAAUGUGUACAGUAGAUUUAAUCGUCUGCCACUAACUGACAUUGCUUUGAGUCAAAACACUGUGUGUUUGUAAAUAUGGAAGUGGGAAAAGCACAUGUUUAUUUUGUAACAAGAAACUCUAGGCUACUAAUGCUAAAUGUUUAAACCAAUGAGAAGUCAUUUGAAUUAAAAAAAAAAACAUAUCUUUUUUGGGGGUGGCUAAACAAAAGGAGAAUACCUCGAGUUGACUUCCUGAAUUCAGCUAAAUGGAUGUCCUCGUCCACGUCGUUAUUUCUCUGCUGCUGGCACGAAAAGUGGAAGGUAAGCAGCACAACACGCAAACGUGCACACCCUUUGCACACUUUGGUUGCUCUUUUAAUCAGCCGUAUGUAGCGUAUGCCGCCAUGGAUACUGCAAGUUGAGAUAAAGAGAAAUGUCUAUUCACUAUUAAUUUGCGACAAUCUAUUUCAAUACAGAGCCAAUACAAACAUUCUGUAAAGGUAAUGUUGGCUUUUUAUUGACACUGUCAUUCAAAAAUAUGUUUAUUAUUGUGCAAAAGAGAUAUUUGACAUUUAGCUACAACAACAUUUAUGUCAUUUAUGUUGCCCGGCAACAUUUUAUUAACCUUCCUCUUGUGUUAGCUUUCUGGUAUCAUCUCUUAUGCCGGGUCGGUUUUGAGCCAUGUAUUAAAUCAGCUAUAAAAUACACUAAAAACAAUAAGUUACAAUCCAAUUUGGUUCUCAUGUCUUGGUUACCUUCUUAGGCUUCCUCAUCCAUGAAAAUGUUGGUUUGAAUACUUUUGGUGUGGGCAUGUAGGCCUUUUUUUGUCACUAUACCCCUCAAUUUUAAUUUCCAAAAAUGGUAAAAUGAACCUCAAAAGAAUCAUAUUAAUAAAUUGAAUUAUUUUGUUACCUGGGUAUCACUGAGAGCUAUAGAACAUAUCUCUUAAAUCAAUUAGUUUUAUUUAUUUUCUCAUUUUAGUAUUAAUCACUAAAGAAACAUCUAUGGUGUUGGGGUGAAUUUUGACCCAUAUAUAUUAAUGUCAAGAAAAGGUAGAAAAAGUUAUUGUUUUCAGUUACAGAACUUUAGUAUAAAGUGAAAUCAAAAAGCAGAACAGGUCCAGAUCUUGGUUCACUGUACUUCUUGCCAUUCUUUCCAUGAUCCAAAUUGUAAAUGUGAAAUCAACCAUCAGUCAAAUUAGUGAAUUCCCCUCACAUGUCUGGACAUUGUUUUUCUGCUGGUAUACUGGAAAAUUGGUCAAAAUGAGAAUCCCCUGAAGCUUACAUGAUGAGAAGAGGAGCUGGUUGUCAUUGUGUUGGCUAAUUGUACGCUUAUGAUUUUAGCUGUGGCUCACAAUAUUGCUUUAUAGUCACAAUAUUGCUUUAUAGUCAUUUACAGACUAUUACCAUUCCACUACAAACUAUUUAUUAUGCUGAAGAAUGCAUAAUAUUUAGAAUAUUUACCUUUUGGAAUUCAGAGUUAACUCAUACACACACACACACACGUAGCUUCUACUUGGCUCUCGUCCAACCAUCACUUCCCGUUCAUCUAACCGCCCAACAACCCCUCACAAACAGCACACUGACCCCUAGCGGUGUCACGUGAAACUGCACCAAAAACCAAUUUAUUUUUUACUGGGUUACAUCUAUAAAGGUAGACUUACAGUACUUCAUUAAAUGUCCUGUAAGUGGAUUUGGCAUCAAAACAAAUGAUGCAAUAUCGCCAUAUUAUGUCUGUAGCUGUUUCGGUCAUGAUUUCAUUCAAGUCGAGAUGGUUAGCUGUGAAUGGAAACUAGUGAUUUUUUUCCCAAAUUCCAUUUUUUGCUUGUAUUUUUUUUUAUUUUUAGAAUUCCGUUCUUUUACCUUUUUACACUCACACUGAAUCUGUUACGGCUCUUAUGUUGAAGCCUAGACGUGUGUCAGAUAUAAUAUAAGGGUGUGGAAAAUAAUCGAUACAUCGAUGCGCAUGCGCGCGACGCGAGUGCAUCGGCUCAUUCACUGGUUAUGGAUGCAAUUGAUGGGUGAAAUCUAGAUUCAUCUCAAUGCGUUUGUGGGUAUCGGUAAAAUCCUUUUUUAUUAAUUAAUUAAAACAAACAUUGAUUCCACUGUUGAAAGUGUCACUUUAACUUUGUUGUUGCUGUACUGUAUUUUUUACAGCAGUAAUUAUUGUUGAAUUGUUUGACUCCACCACUGAACCACUGCUAUUGGAAUUGCAUAAAGAUGUGAAAUUGUGAGGAAAGUUGUUUUGGAAAAGUUGUUGCUGUUUUAAGAUGGCAAAAAGAAUGAUGAAGAAGUGGUGCAUAGUAAAAACAACACUUUAGUUGAAUUUACUGCCAAGUGCCUAGAAUGAAUAAAGCCAAAUCCUUUUUGUAGGACCAAACUGAAUUACAUUUUUUCCCUUUGCCUAUUUGCAUCAUGUUGAAUUGCAUCAUAUCGCAAGAAAUUGCACCAUAUCAUAUCGGAUUGCAUUGAUUUGAACUAAAUUAUUAUCACAUCGUAUCGUCAAGAGGGUGAAUUGUAUCACAUUGAAAAUUCCAUGUAUGGUUAAAGUAUGGUAUCGCUGGCAGUGCAUGGAGAUGUGUAUGGAAUCGUCCUCAGUGCUGAGAUUCACACCACUAAUAUAAUACUUUCAGUUGCCAAAUGCACAGUUUAAUAGAAGUUGAUUGUUGCACUAUUCCAGAUUUUGGCUGCAUAAAACUGAAAGGCACCCGCAGGAGACCACAACCUGACCUUCUCAGAGCUCGAGAUGGUUCAUUGCUCUAACAUGUCAGAGAUGUACUUUGGCGCAAGACCACAAUGACCAAGCAGAGCUGUUUAUUCUCAGAUAUGAGAAUAAAUACUGAAUACUGGACUAACAUGGUACAAGGUCAGCAGGCUCACCUACAUUAUAUAGCGGUAAAACAACAACGUGGAAACACAAGAAAAAGAAGGUUCCUUCUCCUCAAAAUGACGUAAUUUCAUUAUUGUUACUUUAGGUAUGGAAUCUCCUUAUUUAUGUCUUUGCUGUGUGUAUACCCUGGGGGUGGUCACAAUAGGGUUGUUUUUGUUGCCCGGUGUGGCUGGUGAGUUCCGGUCCUGCAUAACAAUACAGUAUGUCGUCCUCUUGCCUUGUGACAUUUAUGUCACACUAGAAGAGACCUAUAAAAGAGGUUUGUACCAGUCACAACUUACAUCUAUCUCUCCCCCAAAGAUUGUCUCAUUCCACAGGAAGAGAGUUCACUAAUUAAUUAAUAAUAAUAAUAAUACAUUUUAUUUGUAUAGCGGUUUUCAAAAUACUCAAAUACACUUUACAGAAGAAUGGAGUUGAAUAAAAGCAAGUAAACAGAGUAAAAGAUACAACAUUCAUUGGUUAAUACACAGCUAAAACAUGAGUAAAAGCGGGGCGGGGCACAUCAGUCAGAUAUAAAAAGUUAGACAUUAAAAACAUUAAAAACAAGAUUUAAAGAGGUGGGUUUUUAGUUGUUUUUUGAAGGUAGAAAGGUCAGGGCAAGCA